AUGGCAACCAUGCCCCGAAGUCGCUUCAAAGACAUCAUGCGACACCUAUGCUUUGAUGACAGGGACACCCGCAGUGAGCGCACAAAGACUGACAAGUUUGCUGCAAUUUCUGCUGUGUGGUCAUCAUUUGUCACCAACUGCAUCACAUCCUACAACCCUGGUCGACACAUCACCAUUGACGAACAGCUUUUCCCCUCAAAGACUCGCUGCUGUUUCCUGCAGUACAUUGCAACGAAACCUGACAAGUUUGGGAUCAAGUUUUGGGUGGCUUGUGACUUGAAAUCCAAGUACAUCUGCAAUGUCCUCCCAUAUCUUGGCAAGGACCCCAGUCGUCCCAGUGGGGAGAGACUGUCCGAGAAUGUAGUCAUGAGGCUGAUGGAACCAUUCCUGGACAAGGGCAGAAAUGUUACCACGGACAAUUUCUUUACAUCACUGUCACUUGCGCAACAACGGCUUAGGCGGAAAACCACCAUCCUAGGCACAGUCAACAAGAUUCGCCAGGAAAUUCCACAGUCAUCUAGACAGAGGGACAGCAAUGAACUUUACAAUGCUACAAAGUGCAGCGUGGAUGUGAUGGACCAGAUGGUGCGGGAGUACACUGUCCGCACAGGAACAUGGCGCUGGCCAGUCGCUGUGUUCUAUAACAUGAUUGAUAUGGCAGCAUUGGAUGCACAUGUGCUGUAUCAAGCAUGCACCGGGAGGAAGGAGAGACGGGUGGACUUCCUGGUGGAGCUUGCAAGAGAGUUGGCUAACUCUCAUGUGACUGCGAAGAAGGCAUGAAAGAAAGAAUUGCUUCGGCAACAACCUUCCACACCUAGCCCUGGGAAAAGAGCCAUGUGCCAGGUUAAAAAAUCAGUGUAAGAACAAUCAUGCCACUGUGCGAUGUGUUGACUGCUACAGAUACACAUGUGGGAAAUGCAGAAGGGAGAUACCAUGGCAGUGCCAGGAUUGUGAGUGAGAGUCUAACACUGUAUCCUGAUGAUGCAUAUUCACCUGAAGUCCAUCACCAACCUUUUUAUACUUUAUAUAUGUCCUGCAUGCUCUUGUUAUUUUCUAUUCUUGUAUUUUACAUAUUAUUCUCCGUUUAAUGUUGCACCAUCACGCCGUAAAAAAUCCUAGCAUUGUACGUAGCCUUUCAUACUUUUAUUCUUUACAUAUGUCCUGCAUGCUCUUAUUUUUUAUUCUUGUAUUUUACAUAUUAUACUCUGUUUAAUGUUGCACCAUCACGCCGUAAAAAAUUCCUAGUCUGUGAAACCUGUUCAUUGACAAUAGCAAUAAAACCCCUUGUGAUUCUGAUUCUGAUUCUUGUUCUUAUUCUAUACAGUUGUUUAAAUUUUGUUUAUUUUUAAUCAAUAAAUUUCAGCAACAAAGUAAACAACCCAUGUGUGUUGAUCCCUUCCUUUCUGUUGUCCCUUCCCACUGCAUACACCACUUAGUCCAGUCCCCUCCUGUGGUGCACCAACGAUCACCUCGUUUGCAUAACAAAAGGAGUGCUCACAGGUGAUUUAGGAUAUUAGCUAAAAUCCUUCCAGCCGAUCGGCUGCCCCGUGGACCUUGAGGGGGGUAAAGCCAAAUGGCUGCUCUGUGGUCCUUCUAGUGUUAACCCUAACCCUAACCCUAACCCUAGCCCCAACCCUAACCCUAACCCUAACCCUAGCUCCAACCCUAACCCUAACCCUAACCCUAACCCUAGCUCCAACCUUAACCCUAACCCUAACCCUAGCUCCAACCCUAACCCUAACCCUAACCCUAGCUCCAACCCUAACCCUAACCCUAAGUAAACUUUUUAAAAAGCUUCCCCCAGAAUAAGGUUCUAUAGACUCCCCGUGGCCUGAAACGUGCUCCUAACACAAUUCUGGAAGGUGAAAAAUUGGGUUGGCACUUAAAAAAUUUUUCAAUUUUUUUUUCCCAUGCAUUCCUAUGGGAAAAAAUCAAAUUUUUUUAGGAACGUCCUAGAGACUCAGGAGUUGGUUCAUUGCACUCAGAAAAAUCCUAGCUCCAAGCCCAACCCUAACCCUAGCUCCAACACUAACCCUAACUCCAACCCUAACCCUAACCCUUACCCUAGCUCCAACCCUAACCCUAACCCUAACCCAUGCAUUCCUAUGGGAAAAAAUCAAAUUUUUUUAGGAACGUCCUAGAGACUCGGGAGUUGGUUCAUUGCACUCAGAAAAAUCCUAGCUCCAAGCCCAACCCUAACCCUAGCUCCAACACUAACCCUAACUCCAACCCUAACCCUAACCCUAACCCUAGCUCCAAGCCUAACCCUAACCCUAACCCAUGCAUUCCUAUGGGAAAAAAUCAAAUUUUUUUAGGAACGUCCUAGAGACUCGGGAGUUGGUUCAUUGCACUCAGAAAAAUCCUAGCUCCAAGCCCAACCCUAACCCUAGCUCCAACACUAACCCUAACUCCAACCCUAACCCUAACCCCAACCCUAGCUCCAACCCUAACCCUAACCCUAACCCAUGCAUUCCUAUGGGAAAAAAUCAAAUUUUUUUAGGAACGUCCUAGAGACUCAGGAGUUGGUUCAUUGCACUCAGAAAAAUCCUAGCUCCAAGCCCAACCCUAACCCUAGCUCCAACACUAACCCUAACUCCAACCCUAACCCUAACCCUGACCCUAGCUCCAACCCUAACCCUAACCCUAACCCAUGCAUUCCUAUGGGAAAAAAUCAAAUUUUUUUAGGAACGUCCUAGAGACUCGGGAGUUGGUUCAUUGCACUCAGAAAAAUCCUAGCUCCAAGCCCAACCCGAACCCUAACCCUAGCUCCAACACUAACCCUAACUCCAACCCUAACCCUAACCCUAACCCUAGCUCCAACCCUAACCCUAACCCUAUCCCUAACCCAUGCAUUCCUAUGGGAAAAAAUCAAAUUUUUUUAGGAACGUCCUAGAGACUCGGGAGUUGGUUCAUUGCACUCAGAAAAAUCCUAGCUCCAAGCCCAACCCUAACCCUAGCUCCAACACUAACCCUAACUCCAACCCUAACCCUAACCCUAACCCUAGCUCCAAGCCUAACCCUAACCCUAACCCAUGCAUUCCUAUGGGAAAAAAUCAAAUUUUUUUAGGAACGUCCUAGAGACUCAGGAGUUGGUUCAUUGCACUCAGAAAAAUCCUAGCUCCAAGCCCAACCCUAACCCUAGCUCCAACACUAACCCUAACUCCAACCCUAACCCUAACCCUUACCCUAGCUCCAACCCUAACCCUAACCCUAACCCAUGCAUUCCUAUGGGAAAAAAUCAAAUUUUUUUAGGAACGUCCUAGAGACUCGGGAGUUGGUUCAUUGCACUCAGAAAAAUCCUAGCUCCAAGCCCAACCCUAACCCUAGCUCCAACACUAACCCUAACUCCAACCCUGACCCUAACCCUAACCCUAGCUCCAAGCCUAACCCUAACCCUAACCCAUGCAUUCCUAUGGGAAAAAAUCAAAUUUUUUUAGGAACGUCCUAGAGACUCGGAAGUUGGUUCAUUGCACUCAGAAAAAUCCUAGCUCCAAGCCCAACCCUAACCCUAGCUCCAACACUAACCCUAACCCUAACCCUAACCCUAGCUCCAACCCUAACCCUAACCCUAACCCAUGCAUUCCUAUGGGAAAAAAUCAAAUUUUUUUAGGAACGUCCUAGAGACUCGGGAGUUGGUUCAUUGCACUCAGAAAAAUCCUAGCUCCAAGCCCAACCCUAACCCUAGCUCCAACACUAACCCUAACUCCAACCCUAACCCUAACCCUAACCCUAGCUCCAACCCUAACCCUAACCCUAACCCAUGCAUUCCUAUGGGAAAAAAUCAAAUUUUUUAGGAACGUCCUAGAGACUCGGGAGUUGGUUCAUUGCACUCAGAAAAAUCCUAGCUCCAAGCCCAACCCUAACCCUAGCACCAACACUAACCCUAACUCCAACCCUAACCCUAACCCUAACCCUAGCUCCAAGCCUAACCCUAACCCUAACCCAUGCAUUCCUAUGGGAAAAAAUCAAAUUUUUUUAGGAACGUCCUAGAGACUCGGGAGUUGGUUCAUUGCACUCAGAAAAAUCCUAGCUCCAAGCCCAACCCUAACCCUAGCUCCAACACUAACCCUAACUCCAACCCUAACCCUAACCCUAACCCUAGCUCCAACCCUAACCCUAACCCUAACCCAUGCAUUCCUAUGGGAAAAAAUCAAAUUUUUUUAGGAACGUCCUAGAGACUCGGGAGUUGGUUCAUUGCACUCAGAAAAAUCCUAGCUCCAAGCCCAACCCUAACCCUAGCUCCAACACUAACCCUAACUCCAACCCUAACCCUAACCCUAACCCUAGCUCCAACCCUAACCCUAACCCUAUCCCUAACCCAUGCAUUCCUAUGGGAAAAAAUCAAAUUUUUUUAGGAACGUCCUAGAGACUCGGGAGUUGGUUCAUUGCACUCAGAAAAAUCCUAGCUCCAAGCCCAACCCUAACCCUAGCUCCAACACUAACCCUAACUCCAACCCUAACCCUAACCCUAACCCUAGCUCCAAGCCUAACCCUAACCCUAACCCAUGCAUUCCUAUGGGAAAAAAUCAAAUUUUUUUAGGAACGUCCUAGAGACUCAGGAGUUGGUUCAUUGCACUCAGAAAAAUCCUAGCUCCAAGCCCAACCCUAACCCUAGCUCCAACACUAACCCUAACUCCAACCCUAACCCUAACCCUUACCCUAGCUCCAACCCUAACCCUAACCCUAACCCAUGCAUUCCUAUGGGAAAAAAUCAAAUUUUUUUAGGAACGUCCUAGAGACUCGGGAGUUGGUUCAUUGCACUCAGAAAAAUCCUAGCUCCAAGCCCAACCCUAACCCUAGCUCCAACACUAACCCUAACUCCAACCCUGACCCUAACCCUAACCCUAGCUCCAAGCCUAACCCUAACCCUAACCCAUGCAUUCCUAUGGGAAAAAAUCAAAUUUUUUUAGGAACGUCCUAGAGACUCGGAAGUUGGUUCAUUGCACUCAGAAAAAUCCUAGCUCCAAGCCCAACCCUAACCCUAGCUCCAACACUAACCCUAACCCUAACCCUAACCCUAGCUCCAACCCUAACCCUAACCCUAACCCAUGCAUUCCUAUGGGAAAAAAUCAAAUUUUUUUAGGAACGUCCUAGAGACUCGGGAGUUGGUUCAUUGCACUCAGAAAAAUCCUAGCUCCAAGCCCAACCCUAACCCUAGCUCCAACACUAACCCUAACUCCAACCCUAACCCUAACCCUAACCCUAGCUCCAACCCUAACCCUAACCCUAACCCAUGCAUUCCUAUGGGAAAAAAUCAAAUUUUUUUAGGAACGUCCUAGAGACUCGGGAGUUGGUUCAUUGCACUCAGAAAAAUCCUAGCUCCAAGCCCAACCCUAACCCUAGCACCAACACUAACCCUAACUCCAACCCUAACCCUAACCCUAACCCUAGCUCCAAGCCUAACCCUAACCCUAACCCAUGCAUUCCUAUGGGAAAAAAUCAAAUUUUUUUAGGAACGUCCUAGAGACUCGGGAGUUGGUUCAUUGCACUCAGAAAAAUCCUAGCUCCAAGCCCAACCCUAACCCUAGCUCCAACACUAACCCUAACUCCAACCCUAACCCUAACCCUAACCCUAGCUCCAACCCUAACCCUAACCCUAACCCAUGCAUUCCUAUGGGAAAAAAUCAAAUUUUUUUAGGAACGUCCUAGAGACUCGGGAGUUGGUUCAUUGCACUCAGAAAAAUCCUAGCUCCAAGCCCAACCCUAACCCUAGCUCCAACACUAACCCUAACUCCAACCCUAACCCUAACCCUAACCCUAGCUCCAACCCUAACCCUAACCCUAACCCAUGCAUUCCUAUGGGAAAAAAUCAAAUUUUUUUAGGAACGUCCUAGAGACUCGGGAGUUGGUUCAUUGCACUCAGAAAAAUCCUAGCUCCAAGCCCAACCCUAACCCUAGCUCCAACACAAACCCUAACUCCAACUCUAACCCUAACCCUAACCCUAGCUCCAACCCUAACCCUAACCCUAACCCAUGCAUUCCUAUGGGAAAAAAUCAAAUUUUUUUAGGAACGUCCUAGAGACUCGGGAGUUGGUUCAUUGCACUCAGAAAAAUCCUGGCUCCAAGCCCAACCCUAACCCUAGCUCCAACACUAACCCUAACUCCAACCCUAACCCUAACCCUAACCCUAGCUCCAACCCUAACCCUAACCCUAACCCAUGCAUUCCUAUGGGAAAAAAUCAAAUUUUUUUAGGAACGUCCUAGAGACUCGGGAGUUGGUUCAUUGCACUCAGAAAAAUCCUAGCUCCAAGCGCAACCCUAACCCUAGCUCCAACACUAACCCUAACUCCAACCCUAACCCUAACCCUUACCCUAGCUCCAACCCUAACCCUAACCCUAACCCAUGCAUUCCUAUGGGGAAAAAAUCAAAUUUUUUUAGGAACGUCCUAGAGACUCGGGAGUUGGUUCAUUGCACUCAGAAAAAUCCUAGCUCCAAGCCCAACCCUAACCCUAGCUCCAACACUAACCCUAACUCCAACCCUAACCCUAACCCCAACCCUAGCUCCAACCCUAACCCUAACCCUAACCCAUGCAUUCCUAUGGGAAAAAAUCAAUUUUUUUUAGGAACGUCCUAGAGACUCAGGAGUUGGUUCAUUGCACUCAGAAAAAUCCUAGCUCCAAGCCCAACCCUAACCCUAGCUCCAACACUAACCCUAACUCCAACCCUAACCCUAACCCUAACCCUAGCUCCAACCCUAACCCUAACCCUAACCCAUGCAUUCCUAUGGGAAAAAAUCAAAUUUUUUUAGGAACGUCCUAGAGACUCGGGAGUUGGUUCAUUGCACUCAGAAAAAUCCUAGCUCCAAGCCCAACCCGAACCCUAACCCUAGCUCCAACACUAACCCUAACUCCAACCCUAACCCUAACCCUAACCCUAGCUCCAACCCUAACCCUAACCCUAUCCCUAACCCAUGCAUUCCUAUGGGAAAAAAUCAAAUUUUUUUAGGAACGUCCUAGAGACUCGGGAGUUGGUUCAUUGCACUCAGAAAAAUCCUAGCUCCAAGCCCAACCCUAACCCUAACCCUAACACUAACCCUAACUCCAACCCUAACCCUAACCCUAACCCUAGCUCCAACCCUAACCCUAACCCUAACCCAUGCAUUCCUAUGGGAAAAAAUCAAAUUUUUUUAGGAACGUCCUAGAGACUCAGGAGUUGGUUCAUUGCACUCAGAAAAAUCCUAGCUCCAAGCCCAACCCUAACCCUAACCCUAACCCUAACCCUAACUCCAACCCUAACCCUAACCCUAACCCUAGCUCCAACCCUAACCCUAACCCUAACCCAUGCAUUCCUAUGGGAAAAAAUCAAAUUUUUUUAGGAACGUCCUAGAGACUCGGGAGUUGGUUCAUUGCACUCAGAAAAAUCCUAGCUCCAAGCCCAACCCUAACCCUAGCUCCAACACUAACCCUAACUCCAACCCUAACCCUAACCCUAACCCUAGCUCCAACCCUAACCCUAACCCUAACCCAUGCAUUCCUAUGGGAAAAAAUCAAAUUUUUUUAGGAACGUCCUAGAGACUCGGGAGUUGGUUCAUUGCACUCAGAAAAAUCCUAGCUCCAAGCCCAACCCUAACCCUAGCUCCAACACUAACCCUAACUCCAACCCUAACCCUAACCCUAACCCUAGCUCCAACCCUAACCCUAACCCAUGCAUUCCUAUGGGAAAAAAUCAAAUUUUUUAGGAACGUCCUAGAGACUCAGGAGUUGGUUCAUUGCACUCAGAAAAAUCCUAGCUCCAAGCCCAACCCUAACCCUAGCUCCAACACUAACCCUAACUCCAACCCUAACCCUAACCCUAGCUCCAACCCUAACCCUAACCCUAACCCUAACCCAUGCAUUCCUAUGGGAAAAAAUCAAAUUUUUUUAGGAAAGUCCUAGAGACUCAGGAGUUGGUUCAUUGCACUCAGAAAAAUCCUAGCUCCAAGCCCAACCCUAACCCUAGCUCCAACACUAACCCUAACUCCAACCCUAACCCUAACCCUAACCCUAGCUCCAACCCUAACCCCAACCCUAACCCAUGCAUUCCUAUGGGAAAAAAUCAAAUUUUUUUAGGAACGUCCUAGAGACUCGGGAGUUGGUUCAUUGCACUCAGAAAAAUCCUAGCUCCAAGCCCAACCCUAACCCUAGCUCCAACACUAACCCUAACUCGAACCCUAACCCUAACCCUUACCCUAGCUCCAACCCUAACCCUAACCCUAACCCAUGCAUUCCUAUGGGAAAAAAUCAAAUUUUUUUAGGAACGUCCUAGAGACUCGGGAGUUGGUUCAUUGCACUCAGAAAAAUCCUAGCUCCAAGCCCAACCCUAACCCUAGCUCCAACACUAACCCUAACUCCAACCCUAACCCUAACCCUAACCCUAGCUCCAAGCCUAACCCUAACCCAUGCAUUCCUAUGGGAAAAAAUCAAAUUUUUUUAGGAACGUCCUAGAGACUCGGGAGUUGGUUCAUUGCACUCAGAAAAAUCCUAGCUCCAAGCCCAACCCUAACCCUAGCUCCAACACUAACCCUAACUCCAACCCUAACCCUAACCCUUACCCUAGCUCCAACCCUAACCCUAACCCUAACCCAUGCAUUCCUAUGGGAAAAAAUCAAAUUUUUUUAGGAACGUCCUAGAGACUCGGGAGUUGGUUCAUUGCACUCAGAAAAAUCCUAGCUCCAAGCCCAACCCUAACCCUAGCUCCAACACUAACCCUAACUCCAACCCUAACCCUAACCCUUACCCUAGCUCCAACCCUAACCCUAACCCUAACCCAUGCAUUCCUAUAGGAAAAAAUCAAAUUUUUUUUGGAACGUCCUAGAGACUCGGGAGUUGGUUCAUUGCACUCAGAAAAAUCCUAGCUCCAAGCCCAACCCGAACCCUAACCCUAGCUCCAACACUAACCCUAACUCCAACCCUAACCCUAACCCUAACCCUAGCUCCAACCCUAACCCUAACCCUAUCCCUAACCCAUGCAUUCCUAUGGGAAAAAAUCAAAUUUUUUUAGGAACGUCCUAGAGACUCGGGAGUUGGUUCAUUGCACUCAGAAAAAUCCUAGCUCCAAGCCCAACCCUAACCCUAGCUCCAACACUAACCCUAACUCCAACCCUAACCCUAACCCUAACCCUAGCUCCAACCCUAACCCUAACCCUAACCCAUGCAUUCCUAUGGGAAAAAAUCAAAUUUUUUUAGGAACGUCCUAGAGACUCAGGAGUUGGUUCAUUGCACUCAGAAAAAUCCUAGCUCCAAGCCCAACCCUAACCCUAACCCUAACCCUAACCCUAACUCCAACCCUAACCCUAACCCUAACCCUAGCUCCAACCCUAACCCUAACCCUAACCCAUGCAUUCCUAUGGGAAAAAAUCAAAUUUUUUUAGGAACGUCCUAGAGACUCGGGAGUUGGUUCAUUGCACUCAGAAAAAUCCUAGCUCCAAGCCCAACCCUAACCCUAGCUCCAACACUAACCCUAACUCCAACCCUAACCCUAACCCUAACCCUAGCUCCAACCCUAACCCUAACCCUAACCCAUGCAUUCCUAUGGGAAAAAAUCAAAUUUUUUUAGGAACGUCCUAGAGACUCGGGAGUUGGUUCAUUGCACUCAGAAAAAUCCUAGCUCCAAGCCCAACCCUAACCCUAGCUCCAACACUAACCCUAACUCCAACCCUAACCCUAACCCUAACCCUAGCUCCAACCCUAACCCUAACCCUAACCCAUGCAUUCCUAUGGGAAAAAAAUCAAAUUUUUUUAGGAACGUCCUAGAGACUCGGGAGUUGGUUCAUUGCACUCAGAAAAAUCCUAGCUCCAAGCCCAACCCUAACCCUAGCUCCAACACUAACCCUAACUCCAACCCUAACCCUAACCCUAACCCUAGCUCCAACCCUAACCCUAACCCAUGCAUUCCUAUGGGAAAAAAUCAAAUUUUUUUAGGAACGUCCUAGAGACUCAGGAGUUGGUUCAUUGCACUCAGAAAAAUCCUAGCUCCAAGCCCAACCCUAACCCUAGCUCCAACACUAACCCUAACUCCAACCCUAACCCUAACCCUAGCUCCAACCCUAACCCUAACCCUAACCCUAACCCAUGCAUUCCUAUGGGAAAAAAUCAAAUUUUUUUAGGAACGUCCUAGAGACUCAGGAGUUGGUUCAUUGCACUCAGAAAAAUCCUAGCUCCAAGCCCAACCCUAACCCUAGCUCCAACACUAACCCUAACUCCAACCCUAACCCUAACCCUAACCCUAGCUCCAACCCUAACCCUAACCCUAACCCAUGCAUUCCUAUGGGAAAAAAUCAAAUUUUUUAGGAACGUCCUAGAGACUCGGGAGUUGGUUCAUUGCACUCAGAAAAACCCUAGCUCUAAGCCCAACCCUAACCCUAGCUCCAACACUAACCCUAACUCCAACCCUAACCCUAACCCUAACCCUAACCCUAGCUCCAACCCUAACCCUAACCCUAACCCAUGCAUUCCUAUGGGAAAAAAUCAAAUUUUUUUAGGAACGUCCUAGAGACUCGGGAGUUGGUUCAUUGCACUCAGAAAAAUCCUAGCUCCAAGCCCAACCCUAACCCUAGCUCCAACACUAACCCUAACUCCAACCCUAACCCUAGCUCCAACCCUAACCCUAACCCUAACCCAUGCAUUCCUAUGGGAAAAAAUCAAAUUUUUUUAGGAACGUCCUAGAGACUCGGGAGUUGGUUCAUUGCACUCAGAAAAAUCCUAGCUCCAAGCCCAACCCUAACCCUAGCUCCAACACUAACCCUAACUCCAACCCUAACCCUAACCCUAGCUCCAACCCUAACCCCAACCCUAACCCAUGCAUUCCUAUGGGAAAAAAUCAAAUUUUUUUAGGAACGUCCUAGAGACUCUGGAGUUGGUUCAUUGCACUCAGAAAAAUCCUAGCUCCAAGCCCAACCCUAACCCUAGCUCCAACACUAACCCUAACUCCAACCCUAACCCUAACCCUAGCUCCAACCCUAACCCCAACCCUAACCCAUGCAUUCCUAUGGGAAAAAAUCAAAUUUUUUUAGGAACGUCCUAGAGACUCUGGAGUUGGUUCAUUGCACUCAGAAAAAUCCUAGCUCCAAGCCCAACCCUAACCCUAGCUCCAACACUAACCCUAACUCCAACCCUAACCCUAACCCUAGCUCCAACCCUAACCCCAACCCUAACCCAUGCAUUCCUAUGGGAAAAAAUCAAAUUUUUUUAGGAACGUCCUAGAGACUCGGGAGUUGGUUCAUUGCACUCAGAAAAAUCCUAGCUCCAAGCCCAACCCUAACCCUAGCUCCAACACUAACCCUAACUCCAACCCUAACCCUAACCCUAACCCUAACCCUAGCUCCAACCCUAACCCUAACCCUAACCCAUGCAUUCCUAUGGGAAAAAAUCAAAUUUUUUUAGGAACGUCCUAGAGACUCGGGAGUUGGUUCAUUGCACUCAGAAAAAUCCUAGCUCCAAGCCCAACCCUAACCCUAGCUCCAACACUAACCCUAACUCCAACCCUAACCCUAACCCUAGCUCCAACCCUAACCCUAACCCUAACCCAUGCAUUCCUAUGGGAAAAAAUCAAAUUUUUUUAGGAACGUCCUAGAGACUCUGGAGUUGGUUCAUUGCACUCAGAAAAAUCCUAGCUCCAAGCCCAACCCUAACCCUAGCUCCAACACUAACCCUAACUCCAACCCUAACCCUAACCCUAGCUCCAACCCUAACCCCAACCCUAACCCAUGCAUUCCUAUGGGAAAAAAUCAAAUUUUUUUAGGAACGUCCUAGAGACUCUGGAGUUGGUUCAUUGCACUCAGAAAAAUCCUAGCUCCAAGCCCAACCCUAACCCUAGCUCCAACACUAACCCUAACUCCAACCCUAACCCUAACCCUAGCUCCAACCCUAACCCCAACCCUAACCCAUGCAUUCCUAUGGGAAAAAAAUCAAAUUUUUUUAGGAACGUCCUAGAGACUCUGGAGUUGGUUCAUUGCACUCAGAAAAAUCCUAGCUCCAAGCCCAACCCUAACCCUAGCUCCAACACUAACCCUAACUCCAACCCUAACCCUAACCCUAGCUCCAACCCUAACCCCAACCCUAACCCAUGCAUUCCUAUGGGAAAAAAUCAAAUUUUUUUAGGAACGUCCUAGAGACUCGGGAGUUGGUUCAUUGCACUCAGAAAAAUCCUAGCUCCAAGCCCAACCCUAACCCUAGCUCCAACACUAACCCUAACUCCAACCCUAACCCUAACCCUUACCCUAGCUCCAACCCUAACCCUAACCCUAACCCAUGCAUUCCUAUGGGAAAAAAUCAAAUUUUUUUAGGAACGUCCUAGAGACUCGGGAGUUGGUUCAUUGCACUCAGAAAAAUCCUAGCUCCAAGCCCAACCCUAACCCUAGCUCCAACACUAACCCUAACUCCAACCCUAACCCUAACCCUAACCCUAGCUCCAAGCCUAACCCUAACCCUAACCCAUGCAUUCCUAUGGGAAAAAAUCAAAUUUUUUUAGGAACGUCCUAGAGACUCGGGAGUUGGUUCAUUGCACUCAGAAAAAUCCUAGCUCCAAGCCCAACCCUAACCCUAGCUCCAACACUAACCCUAACUCCAACCCUAACCCUAACCCUUACCCUAGCUCCAACCCUAACCCUAACCCUAACCCAUGCAUUCCUAUGGGAAAAAAUCAAAUUUUUUUAGGAACGUCCUAGAGACUCGGGAGUUGGUUCAUUGCACUCAGAAAAAUCCUAGCUCCAAGCCCAACCCUAACCCUAGCUCCAACACUAACCCUAACUCCAACCCUAACCCUAACCCUUACCCUAGCUCCAACCCUAACCCUAACCCUAACCCAUGCAUUCCUAUAGGAAAAAAUCAAAUUUUUUUUGGAACGUCCUAGAGACUCGGGAGUUGGUUCAUUGCACUCAGAAAAAUCCUAGCUCCAAGCCCAACCCGAACCCUAACCCUAGCUCCAACACUAACCCUAACUCCAACCCUAACCCUAACCCUAACCCUAGCUCCAACCCUAACCCUAACCCUAACCCUAACCCAUGCAUUCCUAUGGGAAAAAAUCAAUUUUUUUUUAGGAACGUCCUAGAGACUCGGGAGUUGGUUCAUUGCACUCAGAAAAAUCCUAGCUCCAAGCCCAACCCUAACCCUAGCUCCAACACUAACCCUAACUCCAACCCUAACCCUAACCCUAACCCUAGCUCCAACCCUAACCCUAACCCUAACCCAUGCAUUCCUAUGGGAAAAAAUCAAAUUUUUUUAGGAACGUCCUAGAGACUCAGGAGUUGGUUCAUUGCACUCAGAAAAAUCCUAGCUCCAAGCCCAACCCUAACCCUAACCCUAACCCUAACCCUAACUCCAACCCUAACCCUAACCCUAACCCUAGCUCCAACCCUAACCCUAACCCUAACCCAUGCAUUCCUAUGGGAAAAAAUCAAAUUUUUUUAGGAACGUCCUAGAGACUCGGGAGUUGGUUCAUUGCACUCAGAAAAAUCCUAGCUCCAAGCCCAACCCUAACCCUAGCUCCAACACUAACCCUAACUCCAACCCUAACCCUAACCCUAACCCUAGCUCCAACCCUAACCCUAACCCUAACCCAUGCAUUCCUAUGGGAAAAAAAUCAAAUUUUUUUAGGAACGUCCUAGAGACUCGGGAGUUGGUUCAUUGCACUCAGAAAAAUCCUAGCUCCAAGCCCAACCCUAACCCUAGCUCCAACACUAACCCUAACUCCAACCCUAACCCUAACCCUAACCCUAGCUCCAACCCUAACCCUAACCCAUGCAUUCCUAUGGGAAAAAAUCAAAUUUUUUUAGGAACGUCCUAGAGACUCAGGAGUUGGUUCAUUGCACUCAGAAAAAUCCUAGCUCCAAGCCCAACCCUAACCCUAGCUCCAACACUAACCCUAACUCCAACCCUAACCCUAGCUCCAACCCUAACCCUAACCCUAACCCUAACCCAUGCAUUCCUAUGGGAAAAAAUCAAAUUUUUUUAGGAACGUCCUAGAGACUCAGGAGUUGGUUCAUUGCACUCAGAAAAAUCCUAGCUCCAAGCCCAACCCUAACCCUAGCUCCAACACUAACCCUAACUCCAACCCUAACCCUAACCCUAACCCUAGCUCCAACCCUAACCCUAACCCUAACCCAUGCAUUCCUAUGGGAAAAAAUCAAAUUUUUUUAGGAAUGUCCUAGAGACUCGGGAGUUGGUUCAUUGCACUCAGAAAAAUCCUAGCUCCAAGCCCAACCCUAACCCUAGCUCCAACACUAACCCUAACUCCAACCCUAACCCUAACCCUAACCCUAACCCUAGCUCCAACCCUAACCCUAACCCUAACCCAUGCAUUCCUAUGGGAAAAAAUCAAAUUUUUUUAGGAACGUCCUAGAGACUCGGGAGUUGGUUCAUUGCACUCAGAAAAAUCCUAGCUCCAAGCCCAACCCUAACCCUAGCUCCAACACUAACCCUAACUCCAACCCUAACCCUAACCCUAACCCUAGCUCCAACCCUAACCCUAACCCUAACCCAUGCAUUCCUAUGGGAAAAAAUCAAAUUUUUUUAGGAACGUCCUAGAGACUCAGGAGUUGGUUCAUUGCACUCAGAAAAAUCCUAGCUCCAAGCCCAACCCUAACCCUAGCUCCAACACUAACCCUAACUCCAACCCUAACCCUAACCCUAACCCUAGCUCCAACCCUAACCCUAACCCUAACCCAUGCAUUCCUAUGGGAAAAAAUCAAAUUUUUUUAGGAACGUCCUAGAGACUCGGGAGUUGGUUCAUUGCACUCAGAAAAUACUAGCUCCAAGCCCAACCCAAACCCUAGCUCCAACACUAACCCUAACUCCAACCCUAACCCUAACCCUAACCCUAACCCUAGCUCCAACCCUAACCCUAACCCUAACCCAUGCAUUCCUAUGGGAAAAAAAUCAAAUUUUUUUAGGAACGUCCUAGAGACUCGGGAGUUGGUUCAUUGCACUCAGAAAAAUCCUAGCUCCAAGCCCAACCCUAACCCUAGCUCCAACACUAACCCUAACUCCAACCCUAACCCUAACCCUAACCCUAGCUCCAACCCUAACCCUAACCCUAACCCAUGCAUUCCUAUGGGAAAAAAUCAAAUUUUUUUAGGAACGUCCUAGAGACUCGGGAGUUGGUUCAUUGCACUCAGAAAAAUCCUAGCUCCAAGCCCAACCCUAACCCUAGCUCCAACACUAACCCUAACUCCAACCCUAACCCUAACCCUAACCCUAGCUCCAACCCUAACCCUAACCCUAACCCAUGCAUUCCUAUGGGAAAAAAUCAAAUUUUUUUAGGAACGUCCUAGAGACUCGGGAGUUGGUUCAUUGCACUCAGAAAAAUCCUGGCUCCAAGCCCAACCCUAACCCUAGCUCCAACACUAACCCUAACUCCAACCCUAACCCUAACCCUAACCCUAGCUCCAACCCUAACCCUAACCCUAACCCAUGCAUUCCUAUGGGAAAAAAUCAAAUUUUUUUAGGAACGUCCUAGAGACUCGGGAGUUGGUUCAUUGCACUCAGAAAAAUCCUAGCUCCAAGCCCAACCCUAACCCUAGCUCCAACACUAACCCUAACUCCAACCCUAACCCUAACCCUAACCCUAGCUCUAACCCUAACCCUAACCCAUGCAUUCCUAUGGGAAAAAAUCAAAUUUUUUUAGGAACGUCCUAGAGACUCAGGAGUUGGUUCAUUGCACUCAGAAAAAUCCUAGCUCCAAGCCCAACCCUAACCCUAGCUCCAACACUAACCCUAACUCCAACCCUAACCCUAACCCUAGCUCCAACCCUAACCCUAACCCUAACCCUAACCCAUGCAUUCCUAUGGGAAAAAAUCAAAUUUUUUUAGGAACGUCCUAGAGACUCAGGAGUUGGUUCAUUGCACUCAGAAAAAUCCUAGCUCCAAGCCCAACCCUAACCCUAGCUCCAACACUAACCCUAACUCCAACCCUAACCCUAACCCUAACCCUAGCUCCAACCCUAACCCUAACCCUAACCCAUGCAUUCCUAUGGGAAAAAAUCAAAUUUUUUUAGGAACGUCCUAGAGACUCGGGAGUUGGUUCAUUGCACUCAGAAAAAUCCUAGCUCCAAGCCCAACCCUAACCCUAGCUCCAACACUAACCCUAACUCCAACCCUAACCCUAACCCUAACCCUAACCCUAGCUCCAACCCUAACCCUAACCCUAACCCAUGCAUUCCUAUGGGAAAAAAUCAAAUUUUUUUAGGAACGUCCUAGAGACUCGGGAGUUGGUUCAUUGCACUCAGAAAAAUCCUAGCUCCAAGCCCAACCCUAACCCUAGCUCCAACACUAACCCUAACUCCAACCCUAACCCUAACCCUAACCCUAGCUCCAACCCUAACCCUAACCCUAACCCAUGCAUUCCUAUGGGAAAAAAUCAAAUUUUUUAGGAACGUCCUAGAGACUCGGGAGUUGGUUCAUUGCACUCAGAAAAACCCUAGCUCUAAGCCCAACCCUAACCCUAGCUCCAACACUAACCCUAACUCCAACCCUAACCCUAACCCUAACCCUAACCCUAGCUCCAACCCUAACCCUAACCCUAACCCAUGCAUUCCUAUGGGAAAAAAAACAAAUUUUUUUAGGAACGUCCUAGAGACUCGGGAGUUGGUUCAUUGCACUCAGAAAAAUCCUAGCUCCAAGCCCAACCCUAACCCUAGCUCCAACACUAACCCUAACUCCAACCCUAACCCUAGCUCCAACCCUAACCCUAACCCUAACCCAUGCAUUCCUAUGGGAAAAAAUCAAAUUUUUUUAGGAACGUCCUAGAGACUCUGGAGUUGGUUCAUUGCACUCAGAAAAAUCCUAGCUCCAAGCCCAACCCUAACCCUAGCUCCAACACUAACCCUAACUCCAACCCUAACCCUAACCCUAGCUCCAACCCUAACCCUAACCCUAACCCUAGCUCCAACCCCAACCCUAACCCUAACCCAUGCAUUCUUAUGGGAAAAAAUCAAAUUUUUUUAGGAACGUCCUAGAGACUCGGGAGUUGGUUCAUUGCACUCAGAAAAAUCCUAGCUCCAAGCCCAACCCUAACCCUAGCUCCAACACUAACCCUAACUCCAACCCUAACCCUAACCCUAACCCUAGCUCCAACCCUAACCCUAACCCUAACCCAUGCAUUCCUAUGGGAAAAAAUCAAAUUUUUUAGGAACGUCCUAGAGACUCGGGAGUUGGUUCAUUGCACUCAGAAAAAUCCUAGCUCCAAGCCCAACCCUAACCCUAGCUCCAACACUAACCCUAACUCCAACCCUAACCCUAACCCUAACCCUAGCUCCAACCCUAACCCUAACCCUAACCCAUGCAUUCCUAUGGGAAAAAAUCAAAUUUUUUUAGGAACGUCCUAGAGACUCGGGAGUUGGUUCAUUGCACUCAGAAAAAUCCUAGCUCCAAGCCCAACCCUAACCCUAGCUCCAACACUAACCCUAACUCCAACCCUAACCCUAACCCUAACCCUAACCCUAGCUCCAACCCUAACCCUAACCCUAACCCAUGCAUUCCUAUGGGAAAAAAUCAAAUUUUUUUAGGAACGUCCUAGAGACUCGGGAGUUGGUUCAUUGCACUCAGAAAAAUCCUAGCUCCAAGCCCAACCCUAACCCUAGCUCCAACACUAACCCUAACUCCAACCCUAACCCUAACCCUAACCCUAGCUCCAACCCUAACCCUAACCCUAACCCAUGCAUUCCUAUGGGAAAAAAUCAAAUUUUUUAGGAACGUCCUAGAGACUCGGGAGUUGGUUCAUUGCACUCAGAAAAACCCUAGCUCUAAGCCCAACCCUAACCCUAGCUCCAACACUAACCCUAACUCCAACCCUAACCCUAACCCUAACCCUAACCCUAGCUCCAACCCUAACCCUAACCCUAACCCAUGCAUUCCUAUGGGAAAAAAAACAAAUUUUUUUAGGAACGUCCUAGAGACUCGGGAGUUGGUUCAUUGCACUCAGAAAAAUCCUAGCUCCAAGCCCAACCCUAACCCUAGCUCCAACACUAACCCUAACUCCAACCCUAACCCUAACCCUAGCUCCAACCCUAACCCUAACCCUAACCCAUGCAUUCCUAUGGGAAAAAAUCAAAUUUUUUUAGGAACGUCCUAGAGACUCGGGAGUUGGUUCAUUGCACUCAGAAAAAUCCUAGCUCCAAGCCCAACCCUAACCCUAGCUCCAACACUAACCCUAACUCCAACCCUAACCCUAACCCUAGCUCCAACCCUAACCCUAACCCUAACCCUAGCUCCAACCCUAACCCUAACCCUAACCCAUGCAUUCUUAUGGGAAAAAAUCAAAUUUUUUUAGGAACGUCCUAGAGACUCGGGAGUUGGUUCAUUGCACUCAGAAAAAUCCUAGCUCCAAGCCCAACCCUAACCCUAGCUCCAACACUAACCCUAACUCCAACCCUAACCCUAACCCUAACCCUAGCUCCAACCCUAACCCUAACCCUAACCCAUGCAUUCCUAUGGGAAAAAAUCAAAUUUUUUUAGGAACGUCCUAGAGACUCGGGAGUUGGUUCAUUGCACUCAGAAAAAUCCUAGCUCCAAGCCCAACCCUAACCCUAGCUCCAACACUAACCCUAACUCCAACCCUAACCCUAACCCUAACCCUAGCUCCAACCCUAACCCUAACCCUAACCCAUGCAUUCCUAUGGGAAAAAAUCAAAUUUUUUUUGGAACGUCCUAGAGACUCGGGAGUUGGUUCAUUGCACUCAGAAAAAUCCUAGCUCCAAGCCCAACCCUAACCCUAGCUCCAACACAAACCCUAACUCCAACUCUAACCCUAACCCUAACCCUAGCUCCAACCCUAACCCUAACCCUAACCCAUGCAUUCCUAUGGGAAAAAAUCAAAUUUUUUUAGGAACGUCCUAGAGACUCGGGAGUUGGUUCAUUGCACUCAGAAAAAUCCUGGCUCCAAGCCCAACCCUAACCCUAGCUCCAACACUAACCCUAACUCCAACCCUAACCCUAACCCUAACCCUAGCUCCAACCCUAACCCUAACCCUAACCCAUGCAUUCCUAUGGGAAAAAAUCAAAUUUUUUUAGGAACGUCCUAGAGACUCGGGAGUUGGUUCAUUGCACUCAGAAAAGUCCUAGCUCCAAGCGCAACCCUAACCCUAGCUCCAACACUAACCCUAACUCCAACCCUAACCCUAACCCUUACCCUAGCUCCAACCCUAACCCUAACCCUAACCCAUGCAUUCCUAUGUGAAAAAAUCAAAUUUUUUUAGGAACGUCCUAGAGACUCGGGAGUUGGUUCAUUGCACUCAGAAAAAUCCUAGCUCCAAGCCCAACCCUAACCCUAGCUCCAACACUAACCCUAACUCCAACCCUAACCCUAACCCCAACCCUAGCUCCAACCCUAACCCUAAUCCUAACCCAUGCAUUCCUAUGGGAAAAAAUCAAAUUUUUUUAGGAACGUCCUAGAGACUCAGGAGUUGGUUCAUUGCACUCAGAAAAAUCCUAGCUCCAAGCCCAACCCUAACCCUAGCUCCAACACUAACCCUAACUCCAACCCUAACCCUAACCCUGACCCUAGCUCCAACCCUAACCCUAACCCUAACCCAUGCAUUCCUAUGGGAAAAAAUCAAAUUUUUUUAGGAACGUCCUAGAGACUCGGGAGUUGGUUCAUUGCACUCAGAAAAAUCCUAGCUCCAAGCCCAACCCGAACCCUAACCCUAGCUCCAACACUAACCCUAACUCCAACCCUAACCCUAACCCUAACCCUAGCUCCAACCCUAACCCUAACCCUAUCCCUAACCUAUGCAUUCCUAUGGGAAAAAAUCAAAUUUUUUUAGGAACGUCCUAGAGACUCGGGAGUUGGUUCAUUGCACUCAGAAAAAUCCUAGCUCCAAGCCCAACCCUAACCCUAGCUCCAACACUAACCCUAACUCCAACCCUAACCCUAACCCUAACCCUAGCUCCAACCCUAACCCUAACCCUAACCCAUGCAUUCCUAUGGGAAAAAAUCAAAUUUUUUUAGGAACGUCCUAGAGACUCAGGAGUUGGUUCAUUGCACUCAGAAAAAUCCUAGCUCCAAGCCCAACCCUAAACCUAACCCUAACCCUAACCCUAACUCCAACCCUAACCCUAACCCUAACCCUAGCUCCAACCCUAACCCUAACCCUAACCCAUGCAUUCCUAUGGGAAAAAAUCAAAUUUUUUUAGGAACGUCCUAGAGACUCGGGAGUUGGUUCAUUGCACUCAGAAAAAUCCUAGCUCCAAGCCCAACCCUAACCCUAGCUCCAACACUAACCCUAACUCCAACCCUAACCCUAACCCUAACCCUAGCUCCAACCCUAACCCUAACCCUAACCCAUGCAUUCCUAUGGGAAAAAAAUCAAAUUUUUUUAGGAACGUCCUAGAGACUCGGGAGUUGGUUCAUUGCACUCAGAAAAAUCCUAGCUCCAAGCCCAACCCUAACCCUAGCUCCAACACUAACCCUAACUCCAACCCUAACCCUAACCCUAACCCUAGCUCCAACCCUAACCCUAACCCAAACCCAUGCAUUCCUAUGGGAAAAAAUCAAAUUUUUUUAGGAACGUCCUAGAGACUCGGGAGUUGGUUCAUUGCACUCAGAAAAAUCCUAGCUCCAAGCCCAACCCUAACCCUAGCUCCAACACUAACCCUAACUCCAACCCUAACCCUAACCCUAGCUCCAACCCUAACCCUAACCCUAACCCAUGCAUUCCUAUGGGAAAAAAUCAAAUUUUUUUAGGAACGUCCUAGAGACUCGGGAGUUGGUUCAUUGCACUCAGAAAAAUCCUAGCUCCAAGCCCAACCCUAACCCUAGCUCCAACACUAACCCUAACUCCAACCCUAACCCUAACCCUAACCCUAGCUCCAACCCUAACCCUAACCCUAACCCAUGCAUUCCUAUGGGAAAAAAUCAAAUUUUUUUAGGAACGUCCUAGAGACUCGGGAGUUGGUUCAUUGCACUCAGAAAAAUCCUAGCUCCAAGCCCAACCCGAACCCUAACCCUAGCUCCAACACUAACCCUAACUCCAACUCCAACCCUAACCCUAACCCUAACCCUAGCUCCAACCCUAACCCUAACCCUAACCCAUGCAUUCCUAUGGGAAAAAAUCAAAUUUUUUUAGGAACGUCCUAGAGACUCGGGAGUUGGUUCAUUGCACUCAGAAAAAUCCUAGCUCCAAGCCCAACCCUAACCCUAGCUCCAACACUAACCCUAACUCCAACCCUAACCCUAACCCUUACCCUAGCUCCAACCCUAACCCUAACCCUAACCCAUGCAUUCCUAUGGGAAAAAAUCAAAUUUUUUUUGGAACGUCCUAGAGACUCGGGAGUUGGUUCAUUGCACUCAGAAAAAUCCUAGCUCCAAGCCCAACCCUAACCCUAGCUCCAACACAAACCCUAACUCCAACUCUAACCCUAACCCUAACCCUAGCUCCAACCCUAACCCUAACCCUAACCCAUGCAUUCCUAUGGGAAAAAAUCAAAUUUUUUUAGGAACGUCCUAGAGACUCGGGAGUUGGUUCAUUGCACUCAGAAAAAUCCUAGCUCCAAGCCCAACCCUAACCCUAGCUCCAACACUAACCCUAACUCCAACCCUAACCCUAACCCUAGCUCCAACCCUAACCCUAACCCUAACCCAUGCAUUCCUAUGGGAAAAAAUCAAAUUUUUUUAGGAACGUCCUAGAGACUCGGGAGUUGGUUCAUUGCACUCAGAAAAAUCCUAGCUCCAAGCCCAACCCUAACCCUAGCUCCAACACUAACCCUAACUCCAACCCUAACCCUAACCCUAACCCUAGCUCCAACCCUAACCCUAACCCUAACCCAUGCAUUCCUAUGGGAAAAAAUCAAAUUUUUUUAGGAACGUCCUAGAGACUCGGGAGUUGGUUCAUUGCACUCAGAAAAAUCCUAGCUCCAAGCCCAACCCUAACCCUAGCUCCAACACAAACCCUAACUCCAACUCUAACCCUAACCCAUGCAUUCCUAAUGGAAAAAAUCAAUUUUUUUUAGGAACGUCCUAGAGACUCAGGAGUUGGUUCAUUGCACUCAGAAAAAUCCUAGCUCCAAGCCCAACCCUAACCCUAGCUCCAACACUAACCCUAACUCCAACCCUAACCCUAACCCUAACCCUAGCUCCAACCCUAACCCUAACCCAUGCAUUCCUAUGGGAAAAAAUCAAUUUUUUUAGGAACGUCCUAGAGACUCAGGAGUUGGUUCAUUGCACUCAGAAAAAUCCUAGCUCCAAGCACAACCCUAACCCUAGCUCCAACACUAACCCUAACUCCAACCCUAACCCUAACCCUGACCCUAGCUCCAACCCUAACCCUAACCCUAACCCAUGCAUUCCUAUGGGAAAAAAUCAAAUUUUUUUAGGAACGUCCUAGAGACUCGGGAGUUGGUUCAUUGCACUCAGAAAAAUCCUAGCUCCAAGCCCAACCCGAACCCUAACCCUAGCUCCAACACUAACCCUAACUCCAACCCUAACCCUAACCCUAACCCUAGCUCCAACCCUAACCCUAACCCUAUCCCUAACCUAUGCAUUCCUAUGGGAAAAAAUCAAAUUUUUUUAGGAACGUCCUAGAGACUCGGGAGUUGGUUCAUUGCACUCAGAAAAAUCCUAGCUCCAAGCCCAACCCUAACCCUAGCUCCAACACUAACCCUAACUCCAACCCUAACCCUAACCCUAACCCUAGCUCCAACCCUAACCCUAACCCUAACCCAUGCAUUCCUAUGGGAAAAAAUCAAAUUUUUUUAGGAACGUCCUAGAGACUCAGGAGUUGGUUCAUUGCACUCAGAAAAAUCCUAGCUCCAAGCCCAAACCUAACCCUAACCCUAACCCUAACCCUAACUCCAACCCUAACCCUAACCCUAACCCUAGCUCCAACCCUAACCCUAACCCUAACCCAUGCAUUCCUAUGGGAAAAAAUCAAAUUUUUUUAGGAACGUCCUAGAGACUCAGGAGUUGGUUCAUUGCACUCAAAAAAAAUCCUAGCUCCAAGCCCAACCCUAACCCUAGCUCCAACACUAACCCUAACUCCAACCCUAACCCUAACCCUAGCUCCAACCCUAACCCUAACCCUAACCCUAACCCAUGCAUUCCUAUGGGAAAAAAUCAAAUUUUUUUAGGAACGUCCUAGAGACUCGGGAGUUGGUUCAUUGCACUCAGAAAAAUCCUAGCUCCAAGCCCAACCCUAACCCUAGCUCCAACACUAACCCUAACUCCAACCCUAACCCUAACCCUAACCCUAGCUCCAACCCUAACCCUAACCCUAACCCAUGCAUUCCUAUGGGAAAAAAAUCAAAUUUUUUUAGGAACGUCCUAGAGACUCGGGAGUUGGUUCAUUGCACUCAGAAAAACCCUAGCUCUAAGCCCAACCCUAACCCUAGCUCCAACACUAACCCUAACUCCAACCCUAACCCUAACCCUAACCCUAGCUCCAACCCUAACCCUAACCCAACCCAUGCAUUCCUAUGGGAAAAAAUCAAAUUUUUUUAGGAACGUCCUAGAGACUCGGGAGUUGGUUCAUUGCACUCAGAAAAAUCCUAGCUCCAAGCCCAACCCUAACCCUAGCUCCAACACUAACCCUAACUCCAACCCUAACCCUAACCCUAACCCUAGCUCCAACCCUAACCCUAACCCUAACCCAUGCAUUCCUAUGGGAAAAAAUCAAAUUUUUUUAGGAACGUCCUAGAGACUCGGGAGUUGGUUCAUUGCACUCAGAAAAAUCCUAGCUCCAAGCCCAACCCUAACCCUAGCUCCAACACUAACCCUAACUCCAACCCUAACCCUAACCCUAACCCUAGCUCCAACCCUAACCCUAACCCUAACCCAUGCAUUCCUAUGGGAAAAAAAUCAAAUUUUUUUAGGAACGUCCUAGAGACUCGGGAGUUGGUUCAUUGCACUCAGAAAAAUCCUAGCUCCAAGCCCAACCCUAACCCUAGCUCCAACACUAACCCUAACUCCAACCCUAACCCUAACCCUAACCCUAGCUCUAACCCUAACCCUAACCCAUGCAUUCCUAUGGGAAAAAAUCAAAUUUUUUUAGGAACGUCCUAGAGACUCAGGAGUUGGUUCAUUGCACUCAGAAAAAUCCUAGCUCCAAGCCCAACCCUAACCCUAGCUCCAACACUAACCCUUACUCCAACCCUAACCCUAACCCUAGCUCCAACCCUAACCCUAACCCUAACCCUAACCCAUGCAUUCCUAUGGGAAAAAAUCAAAUUUUUUUAGGAACGUCCCAGAGACUCAGGAGUUCGUUCAUUGCACUCAGAAAAAUCCUAGCUCCAAGCCCAACCCUAACCCUAGCUCCAACACUAACCCUAACUCCAACCCUAACCCUAACCCUAACCCUAGCUCCAACCCUAACCCUAACCCUAACCCAUGCAUUCCUAUGGGAAAAAAUCAAAUUUUUUUAGGAACGUCCUAGAGACUCGGGAGUUGGUUCUUUGCACUCAGAAAAAUCCUAGCUCCAAGCCCAACCCUAACCCUAGCUCCAACACUAACCCUAACUCCAACCCUAACCCUAACCCUAACCCUAGCUCCAACCCUAACCCUAACCCUAACCCAUGCAUUCCUAUGGGAAAAAAUCAAAUUUUUUAGGAACGUCCUAGAGACUCGGGAGUUGGUUCAUUGCACUCAGAAAAAUCCUAGCUCCAAGCCCAACCCUAACCCUAGCUCCAACACUAACCCUAACUCCAACCCUAACCCUAGCUCCAACCCUAACCCUAACCCUAACCCAUGCAUUCCUAUGGGAAAAAAUCAAAUUUUUUUAGGAACGUCCUAGAGACUCUGGAGUUGGUUCAUUGCACUCAGAAAAAUCCUAGCUCCAAGCCCAACCCUAACCCUAGCUCCAACACUAACCCUAACUCCAACCCUAACCCUAACCCUAGCUCCAACCCUAACCCUAACCUUAACCCAUGCAUUCCUAUGGGAAAAAAUCAAAUUUUUUUAGGAAUGUCCUAGAGACUCGGGAGUUGGUUCAUUGCACUCAGAAAAAUCCUAGCUCCAAGCCCAACCCUAACCCUAGCUCCAACACUAACCCUAACUCCAACCCUAACCCUAACCCUAACCCUAACCCUAGCUCCAACCCUAACCCUAACCCUAACCCUAACCCAUGCAUUCCUAUGGGAAAAAAUCAAAUUUUUUUAGGAACGUCCUAGAGACUCGGGAGUUGGUUCAUUGCACUCAGAAAAAUCCUAGCUCCAAGCCCAACCCUAACCCUAGCUCCAACACUAACCCUAACUCCAACCCUAACCCUAACCCUAACCCUAGCUCCUACCCUAACCCUAACCCUAACCCAUGCAUUCCUAUGGGAAAAAAUCAAAUUUUUUUAGGAACGUCCUAGAGACUCGGGAGUUGGUUCAUUGCACUCAGAAAAAUCCUAGCUCCAAGCCCAACCCUAACCCUAGCUCCAACACUAACCCUAACUCCAACCCUAACCCUAACCCUAACCCUAGCUCCAACCCUAACCCUAACCCUAACCCAUGCAUUCCUAUGGGAAAAAAUCAAAUUUUUUUAGGAACGUCCUAGAGACUCGGGAGUUGGUUCAUUGCACUCAGAAAAAUCCUAGCUCCAAGCCCAACCCUAACCCUAGCUCCAACACUAACCCUAACUCCAACCCUAACCCUAACCCUAACCCUAGCUCUAACCCUAACCCUAACCCAUGCAUUCCUAUGGGAAAAAAUCAAAUUUUUUUAGGAACGUCCUAGAGACUCAGGAGUUGGUUCAUUGCACUCAGAAAAAUCCUAGCUCCAAGCCCAACCCUAACCCUAGCUCCAACACUAACCCUAACUCCAACCCUAACCCUAACCCUAGCUCCAACCCUAACCCUAACCCUAACCCUAACCCAUGCAUUCCUAUGGGAAAAAAUCAAAUUUUUUUAGGAACGUCCUAGAGACUCAGGAGUUGGUUCAUUGCACUCAGAAAAAUCCUAGCUCCAAGCCCAACCCUAACCCUAGCUCCAACACUAACCCUAACUCCAACCCUAACCCUAACCCUAACCCUAGCUCCAACCCUAACCCUAACCCUAACCCAUGCAUUCCUAUGGGAAAAAAAUCAAAUUUUUUUAGGAACGUCCUAGAGACUCGGGAGUUGGUUCAUUGCACUCAGAAAAACCCUAGCUCUAAGCCCAACCCUAACCCUAGAUCCAACACUAACCCUAACUCCAACCCUAACCCUAACCCUAACCCUAACCCUAGCUCCAACCCUAACCCUAACCCUAACCCAUGCAUUCCUAUGGGAAAAAAUCAAAAUUUUUUAGGAACGUCCUAGAGACUCGGGAGUUGGUUCAUUGCACUCAGAAAAAUCCUAGCUCCAAGCCCAACCCUAACCCUAGCUCCAACACUAACCCUAACUCCAACCCUAACCCUAGCUCCAACCCUAACCCUAACCCUAACCCAUGCAUUCCUAUGGGAAAAAAAUCAAAUUUUUUUAGGAACGUCCUAGAGACUCUGGAGUUGGUUCAUUGCACUCAGAAAAAUCCUAGCUCCAAGCCCAACCCUAACCCUAGCUCCAACACUAACCCUAACUCCAACCCUAACCCUAACCCUAGCUCCAACCCUAAACCUAACAUUAACCCAUGCAUUCCUAUGGGGAAAAAUCAAAUUUUUUUAGGAAUGUCCUAGAGACUCGGGAGUUGGUUCAUUGCACUCAGAAAAAUCCUAGCUCCAAGCCCAACCCUAACCCUAGCUCCAACACUAACCCUAACUCCAACCCUAACCCUAACCCUAACCCUAGCUCCAACCCUAACCCUAACCCUAACCCAUGCAUUCCUAUGGGAAAAAAUCAAAUUUUUUUAGGAACGUCCUAGAGACUCGGGAGUUGGUUCAUUGCACUCAGAAAAAUCCUAGCUCCAAGCCCAACCCUAACCCUAGCUCCAACACUAACCCUAACUCCAACCCUAACCCUAACCCUAACCCUAACCCUAGCUCUAACCCUAACCCUAACCCAUGCAUUCCUAUGGGAAAAAAUCAAAUUUUUUUAGGAACGUCCUAGAGACUCAGGAGUUGGUUCAUUGCACUCAGAAAAAUCCUAGCUCCAAGCCCAAGCCUAACCCUAGCUCCAACACUAACCCUAACUCCAACCCUAACCCUAACCCUGACCCUAGCUCCAACCCUAACCCUAACCCUAACCCUAACCCAUGCAUUCCUAUGGGAAAAAAUCAAAUUUUUUUAGGAACGUCCUAGAGACUCAGGAGUUGGUUCAUUGCACUCAGAAAAAUCCUAGCUCCAAGCCCAACCCUAACCCUAGCUCCAACACUAACCCUAACUCCAACCCUAACCCUAACCCUAACCCUAGCUCCAACCCUAACCCUAACCCUAACCCAUGCAUUCCUAUGGGAAAAAAAACAAUUUUUUUUAGGAACGUCCUAGAGACUCGGGAGUUGGUUCAUUGCACUCAGAAAAACCCUAGCUCUAAGCCCAACCCUAACCCUAGCUCCAACACUAACCCUAACUCCAACCCUAACCCUAACCCUAACCCUAACCCUAGCUCCAACCCUAACCCUAACCCUAACCCAUGCAUUCCUAUGGGAAAAAAUCAAAAUUUUUUAGGAACGUCCUAGAGACUCGGGAGUUGGUUCAUUGCACUCAGAAAAAUCCUAGCUCCAAGCCCAACCCUAACCCUAGCUCCAACACUAACCCUAACUCCAACCCUUACCCUAGCUCCAACCCUAACCCUAACCCGAACCCAUGCAUUCCUAUGGGAAAAAAUCAAUUUUUUUUAGGAACGUCCUAGAGACUCUGGAGUUGGUUCAUUGCACUCAGAAAAAUCCUAGCUCCAAGCCCAACCCUAACCCUAGCUCCAACACUAACCCUAACUCCAACCCUAACCCUAACCCUAGCUCCAACCCUAACCCUAACCCUAACCCAUGCAUUCCUAUGGGAAAAAAUCAAAUUUUUUUAGGAAUGUCCUAGAGACUCGGGAGUUGGUUCAUUGCACUCAGAAAAAUCCUAGCUCCAAGCCCAACCCUAACCCUAGCUCCAACACUAACCCUAACUCCAACCCUAACCCUAACCCUAACCCUAGCUCCAACCCUAACCCUAACCCUAACCCAUGCAUUCCUAUGGGAAAAAAUCAAAUUUUUUUAGGAACGUCCUAGAGACUCGGGAGUUGGUUCAUUGCACUCAGAAAAAUCCUAGCUCCAAGCCCAACCCUAACCCUAGCUCCAACACUAACCCUAACUCCAACCCUAACCCUAACCCUAACCCUAGCUCCAACCCUAACCCUAACCCUAACCCAUGCAUUCCUAUGGGAAAAAAUCAAAUUUUUUUAGGAACGUCCUAGAGACUCGGGAGUUGGUUCAUUGCACUCAGAAAAAUCCUAGCUCCAAGCCCAACCCUAACCCUAGCUCCAACACUAACCCUAACUCCAACCCUAACCCUAACCCUAACCCUAGCUCCAACCCUAACCCUAACCCUAACCCAUGCAUUCCUAUGGGAAAAAAUCAAAUUUUUUUAGGAACGUCCUAGAGACUCGGGAGUUGGUUCAUUGCACUCAGAAAAAUCCUAGCUCCAAGCCCAACCCUAACCCUAGCUCCAACACUAACCCUAACUCCAACCCUAACCCUAACCCUAGCUCUAACCCUAACCCUAACCCAUGCAUUCCUAUGGGAAAAAAUCAAAUUUUUUUAGGAACGUCCUAGAGACUCAGGAGUUGGUUCAUUGCACUCCGAAAAAUCCUAGCUCCAAGCCCAACCCUAACCCUAGCUCCAACACUAACCCUAACUCCAACCCUAACCCUAACCCUAGCUCCAACCCUAACCCUAACCCUAACCCUAACCCAUGCAUUCCUAUGGGAAAAAAAUCAAAUUUUUUUAGGAACGUCCUAGAGACUCGGGAGUUGGUUCAUUGCACUCAGAAAAAUCCUAGCUCCAAGCCCAACCCUAACCCUAGCUCCAACACUAACCCUAACUCCAACCCUAACCCUAACCCUAACCCUAGCUCCAACCCUAACCCUAACCCUAACCCAUGCAUUCCUAUGGGAAAAAAAUCAAAUUUUUUUAGGAACGUCCUAGAGACUCGGGAGUUGGUUCAUUGCACUCAGAAAAAUCCUAGCUCCAAGCCCAACCCUAACCCUAGCUCCAACACUAACCCUAACUCCAACCCUAACCCUAACCCUAACCCUAACCCUAGCUCCAACCCUAACCCUAACCCUAACCCAUGCAUUCCUAUGGGAAAAAAAUCAAAAUUUUCUUAGGAACGUCCUAGAGACUCGGGAGUUGGUUCAUUGCACUCAGAAAAAUCCUAGCUCCAAGCCCAACCCUAACCCUAGCUCCAACACUAACCCUAACUCCAACCCUAACCCUAGCUCCAACCCUAACCCUAACCCUAACCCAUGCAUUCCUAUGGGAAAAAAUCAAAUUUUUUUAGGAACGUCCUAGAGACUCUGGAGUUGGUUCAUUGCACUCAGAAAAAUCCUAGCUCCAAGCCCAACCCUAACCCUAGCUCCAACACUAACCCUAACUCCAACCCUAACCCUAACCCUAGCUCCAACCCUAACCCUAACCUUAACCCAUGCAUUCCUAUGGGAAAAAAUCAAAUUUUUUUAGGAAUGUCCUAGAGACUCGGGAGUUGGUUCAUUGCACUCAGAAAAAUCCUAGCUCCAAGCCCAACCCUAACCCUAGCUCCAACACUAACCCUAACUCCAACCCUAACCCUAACCCUAACCCUAGCUCCAACCCUAACCCUAACCCUAACCCAUGCAUUCCUAUGGGAAAAAAUCAAAUUUUUUUAGGAACGUCCUAGAGACUCGGGAGUUGGUUCAUUGCACUCAGAAAAAUCCUAGCUCCAAGCCCAACCCUAACCCUAGCUCCAACACUAACCCUAACUCCAACCCUAACCCUAACCCUAACCCUAGCUCCAACCCUAACCCUAACCCUAACCCAUGCAUUCCUAUGGGAAAAAAUCAAAUUUUUUUAGGAACGUCCUAGAGACUCGGGAGUUGGUUCAUUGCACUCAGAAAAAUCCUAGCUCCAAGCCCAACCCUAACCCUAGCUCCAACACUAACCCUAACUCCAACCCUAACCCUAACCCUAACCCUAGCUCAAACCCUAACCCUAACCCUAACCCAUGCAUUCCUAUGGGAAAAAAUCAAAUUUUUUUAGGAACGUCCUAGAGACUCGGGAGUUGGUUCAUUGCACUCAGAAAAAUCCUAGCUCCAAGCCCAACCCUAACCCUAGCUCCAACACUAACCCUAACUCCAACCCUAACCCUAACCCUAACCCUAGCUCCAACCCUAACCCUAACCCUAACCCAUGCAUUCCUAUGGGAAAAAAUCAAAUUUUUUUAGGAACGUCCUAGAGACUCGGGAGUUGGUUCAUUGCACUCAGAAAAAUCCUAGCUCCAAGCCCAACCCUAACCCUAGCUCCAACACUAACCCUAACUCCAACCCUAACCCUAACCCUAACCCUAGCUCCAACCCUAACCCUAACCCUAACCCAUGCAUUCCUAUGGGAAAAAAUCAAAUUUUUUUAGGAACGUCCUAGAGACUCGGGAGUUGGUUCAUUGCACUCAGAAAAAUCCUAGCUCCAAGCCCAACCCUAACCCUAGCUCCAACACUAACCCUAACUCCAACCCUAACCCUAACCCUAACCCUAGCUCCAACCCUAACCCUAACCCUAACCCAUGCAUUCCUAUGGGAAAAAAAUCAAAUUUUUUUAGGAACGUCCUAGAGACUCGGGAGUUGGUUCAUUGCACUCAGAAAAACCCUAGCUCUAAGCCCAACCCUAACCCUAGCUCGAACACUAACCCUAACUCCAACCCUAACCCUAACCCUAACCCUAACCCUAGCUCCAACCCUAACCCUAACCCUAACCCAUGCAUUCCUAUGGGAAAAAAUCAAAAUUUUUUAGGAACGUCCUAGAGACUCGGGAGUUGGUUCAUUGCACUCAGAAAAAUCCUAGCUCCAAGCCCAACCCUAACCCUAGCUCCAACACUAACCCUAACUCCAACCCUAACCCUAGCUCCAACCCUAACCCUAACCCUAACCCAUGCAUUCCUAUGGGAAAAAAUCAAAUUUUUUUAGGAACGUCCUAGAGACUCUGGAGUUGGUUCAUUGCACUCAGAAAAAUCCUAGCUCCAAGCCCAACCCUAACCCUAGCUCCAACACUAACCCUAACUCCAACCCUAACCCUAACCCUAGCUCCAACCCUAACCCUAACCUUAACCCAUGCAUUCCUAUGGGAAAAAAUCAAAUUUUUUUAGGAAUGUCCUAGAGACUCGGGAGUUGGUUCAUUGCACUCAGAAAAAUCCUAGCUCCAAGCCCAACCCUAACCCUAGCUCCAACACUAACCCUAACUCCAACCCUAACCCUAACCCUAACCCUAGCUCCAACCCUAACCCUAACCCUAACCCAUGCAUUCCUAUGGGAAAAAAUCAAAUUUUUUUAGGAACGUCCUAGAGACUCGGGAGUUGGUUCAUUGCACUCAGAAAAAUCCUAGCUCCAAGCCCAACCCUAACCCUAGCUCCAACACUAACCCUAACUCCAACCCUAACCCUAACCCUAACCCUAGCUCCAACCCUAACCCUAACCCUAACCCAUGCAUUCCUAUGGGAAAAAAUCGAAUUUUUUAGGAACGUCCUAGAGACUCGGGAGUUGGUUCAUUGCACUCAGAAAAAUCCUAGCUCCAAGCCCAACCCUAACCCUAGCUCCAACACUAACCCUAACUCCAACCCUAACCCUAACCCUAACCCUAGCUCCAACCCUAACCCUAACCCUAACCCAUGCAUUCCUAUGGGAAAAAAUCAAAUUUUUUUAGGAACGUCCUAGAGACUCGGGAGUUGGUUCAUUGCACUCAGAAAAAUCCUAGCUCCAAGCCCAACCCUAACCCUAGCUCCAACACUAACCCUAACUCCAACCCUAACCCUAACCCUAACCCUAGCUCCAACCCUAACCCUAACCCUAACCCAUGCAUUCCUAUGGGAAAAAAUCAAAUUUUUUUAGGAACGUCCUAGAGACUCGGGAGUUGGUUCAUUGCACUCAGAAAAAUCCUAGCUCCAAGCCCAACCCGAACCCUAACCCUAGCUCCAACACUAACCCUAACUCCAACUCCAACCCUAACCCUAACCCUAACCCUAGCUCCAACCCUAACCCUAACCCUAACCCUAACCCAUGCAUUCCUAUGGGAAAAAAUCAAAUUUUUUUAGGAACGUCCUAGAGACUCAGGAGUUGGUUCAUUGCACUCAGAAAAAUCCUAGCUCCAAGCCCAACCCUAACCCUAGCUCCAACACUAACCCUAACUCCAACCCUAACCCUAGCUCCAACCCUAACCCUAACCCUAACCCAUGCAUUCCUAUGGGAAAAAAUCAAAUUUUUUUAGGAACGUCCUAGAGACUCGGGAGUUGGUUCAUUGCACUCAGAAAAAUCCUAGCUCCAAGCCCAACCCUAACCCUAGCUCCAACACUAACCCUAACUCCAACCCUAACCCUAACCCUAACCCUAGCUCCAACCCUAACCCUAACCCUAACCCAUGCAUUCCUAUGGGAAAAAAUCAAAUUUUUUUAGGAACGUCCUAGAGACUCGGGAGUUGGUUCAUUGCACUCAGAAAAAUCCUAGCUCCAAGCCCAACCCUAACCCUAGCUCCAACACUAACCCUAACUCCAACCCUAACCCUAACCCUAACCCUAGCUCUAACCCUAACCCUAACCCAUGCAUUCCUAUGGGAAAAAAUCAAAUUUUUUUAGGAACGUCCUAGAGACUCAGGAGUUGGUUCAUUGCACUCAGAAAAAUCCUAGCUCCAAGCCCAACCCUAACCCUAGCUCCAACACUAACCCUAACUCCAACCCUAACCCUAACCCUAGCUCCAACCCUAACCCUAACCCUAACCCUAACCCAUGCAUUCCUAUGGGAAAAAAUCAAAUUUUUUUAGGAACGUCCUAGAGACUCAGGAGUUGGUUCAUUGCACUCAGAAAAAUCCUAGCUCCAAGCCCAACCCUAACCCUAGCUCCAACACUAACCCUAACUCCAACCCUAACCCUAACCCUAACCCUAACCCUAGCUCCAACCCUAACCCUAACCCUAACCCAUGCAUUCCUAUGGGAAAAAAUCAAAUUUUUUUAGGAACGUCCUAGAGACUCGGGAGUUGGUUCAUUGCACUCAGAAAAAUCCUAGCUCCAAGCCCAACCCUAACCCUAGCUCCAACACUAACCCUAACUCCAACCCUAACCCUAACCCUAACCCUAGCUCCAACCCUAACCCUAACCCUAACCCAUGCAUUCCUAUGGGAAAAAAUCAAAUUUUUUUAGGAACGUCCUAGAGACUCUGGAGUUGGUUCAUUGCACUCAGAAAAAUCCUAGCUCCAAGCCCAACCCUAACCCUAGCUCCAACACUAACCCUAACUCCAACCCUAACCCUAACCCUAGCUCCAACCCUAACCCUAACCUUAACCCAUGCAUUCCUAUGGGAAAAAAUCAAAUUUUUUUAGGAACGUCCUAGAGACUCGGGAGUUGGUUCAUUGCACUCAGAAAAACCCUAGCUCUAAGCCCAACCCUAACCCUAGCUCCAACACUAACCCUAACUCCAACCCUAACCCUAACCCUAACCCUAGCUCCAACCCUAACCCUAACCCUAACCCAUGCAUUCCUAUGGGAAAAAAUCAAAUUUUUUUAGGAACGUCCUAGAGACUCGGGAGUUGGUUCAUUGCACUCAGAAAAAUCCUAGCUCCAAGCCCAACCCUAACCCUAGCUCCAACACUAACCCUAACUCCAACCCUAACCCUAACCCUAACCCUAGCUCCAACCCUAACCCUAACCCUAACCCAUGCAUUCCUAUGGGAAAAAAUCAAAUUUUUUUAGGAACGUCCUAGAGACUCGGGAGUUGGUUCAUUGCACUCAGAAAAAUCCUAGCUCCAAGCCCAACCCUAACCCUAGCUCCAACACUAACCCUAACUCCAACCCUAACCCUAACCCUAACCCUAGCUCCAACCCUAACCCUAACCCUAACCCAUGCAUUCCUAUGGGAAAAAAAUCAAAUUUUUUUAGGAACGUCCUAGAGACUCGGGAGUUGGUUCAUUGCACUCAGAAAAACCCUAGCUCUAAGCCCAACCCUAACCCUAGCUCCAACACUAACCCUAACUCCAACCCUAACCCUAACCCUAACCCUAACCCUAACCCUAGCUCCAACCCUAACCCUAACCCUAACCCAUGCAUUCCUAUGGGAAAAAAUCAAAAUUUUUUAGGAACGUCCUAGAGACUCGGGAGUUGGUUCAUUGCACUCAGAAAAAUCCUAGCUCCAAGCCCAACCCUAACCCUAGCUCCAACACUAACCCUAACUCCAACCCUAACCCUAGCUCCAACCCUAACCCUAACCCUAACCCAUGCAUUCCUAUGGGAAAAAAUCAAUUUUUUUUAGGAACGUCCUAGAGACUCUGGAGUUGGUUCAUUGCACUCAGAAAAAUCCUAGCUCCAAGCCCAACCCUAACCCUAGCUCCAACACUAACCCUAACUCCAACCCUAACCCUAACCCUAGCUCCAACCCUAACCCUAACCUUAACCCAUGCAUUCCUAUGGGAAAAAAUCAAAUUUUUUUAGGAAUGUCCUAGAGACUCGGGAGUUGGUUCAUUGCACUCAGAAAAAUCCUAGCUCCAAGCCCAACCCUAACCCUAGCUCCAACACUAACCCUAACUCCAACCCUAACCCUAACCCUAGCUCCAACCCUAACCCUAACCUUAACCCAUGCAUUCCUAUGGGAAAAAAUCAAAUUUUUUUAGGAAUGUCCUAGAGACUCGGGAGUUGGUUCAUUGCACUCAGAAAAAUCCUAGCUCCAAGCCCAACCCUAACCCUAGCUCCAACACUAACCCUAACUCCAACCCUAACCCUAACCCUAACCCUAGCUCCAACCCUAACCCUAACCCUAACCCAUGCAUUCCUAUGGGAAAAAAUCAAAUUUUUUUAGGAACGUCCUAGAGACUCGGGAGUUGGUUCAUUGCACUCAGAAAAAUCCUAGCUCCAAGCCCAACCCUAACCCUAGCUCCAACACUAACCCUAACUCCAACCCUAACCCUAACCCUAACCCUAGCUCCAACCCUAACCCUAACCCUAACCCAUGCAUUCCUAUGGGAAAAAAUCAAAUUUUUUUAGGAACGUCCUAGAGACUCGGGAGUUGGUUCAUUGCACUCAGAAAAAUCCUAGCUCCAAGCCCAACCCUAACCCUAGCUCCAACACUAACCCUAACUCCAACCCUAACCCUAACCCUAACCCUAGCUCCAACCCUAACCCUAACCCUAACCCAUGCAUUCCUAUGGGAAAAAAUCAAAUUUUUUUAGGAACGUCCUAGAGACUCGGGAGUUGGUUCAUUGCACUCAGAAAAAUCCUAGCUCCAAGCCCAACCCUAACCCUAGCUCCAACACUAACCCUAACUCCAACCCUAACCCUAACCCUAACCCUAGCUCCAACCCUAACCCUAACCCUAACCCAUGCAUUCCUAUGGGAAAAAAAUCAAAUUUUUAUAGGAACGUCCUAGAGACUCGGGAGUUGGUUCAUUGCACUCAGAAAAACCCUAGCUCUAAGCCCAACCCUAACCCUAGCUCCAACACUAACCCUAACUCCAACCCUAACCCUAACCCUAACCCUAGCUCCAACCCUAACCCUAACCCUAACCCAUGCAUUCCUAUGGGAAAAAAUCAAAUUUUUUUAGGAACGUCCUAGAGACUCGGGAGUUGGUUCAUUGCACUCAGAAAAAUCCUAGCUCCAAGCCCAACCCUAACCCUAGCUCCAACACUAACCCUAACUCCAACCCUAACCCUAACCCUAACCCUAGCUCCAACCCUAACCCUAACCCUAACCCAUGCAUUCCUAUGGGAAAAAAUCAAAUUUUUUUAGGAACGUCCUAGAGACUCGGGAGUUGGUUCAUUGCACUCAGAAAAAUCCUAGCUCCAAGCCCAACCCUAACCCUAGCUCCAACACUAACCCUAACUCCAACCCUAACCCUAACCCUAACCCUAGCUCCAACCCUAACCCUAACCCUAACCCAUGCAUUCCUAUGGGAAAAAAUCAAAUUUUUUUAGGAACGUCCUAGAGACUCGGGAGUUGGUUCAUUGCACUCAGAAAAAUCCUAGCUCCAAGCCCAACCCUAACCCUAGCUCCAACACUAACCCUAACUCCAACCCUAACCCUAACCCUAACCCUAGUUCCAACCCUAACCCUAACCCUAACCCUAACCCAUGCAUUCCUAUGGGAAAAAAUCAAUUUUUUUUAGGAACGUCCUAGAGACUCGGGAGUUGGUUCAUUGCACUCAGAAAAAUCCUAGCUCCAAGCCCAACCCUAACCCUAGCUCCAACACUAACCCUAACUCCAACCCUAACCCUAACCCUAGCUCCAACCCUAACCCUAACCCUAACCCAUGCAUUCCUAUGGGAAAAAAUCAAAUUUUUUUAGGAACGUCCUAGAGACUCGGGAGUUGGUUCAUUGCACUCAGAAAAAUCCUAGCUCCAAGCCCAACCCUAACCCUAGCUCCAACACUAACCCUAACUCCAACCCUAACCCUAACCCUAGCUCCAACCCUAACCCUAACCUUAACCCAUGCAUUCCUAUGGGAAAAAAUCAAAUUUUUUUUAGGAACGUCCUAGAGACUCGGGAGUUGGUUCAUUGCACUCAGAAAAAUCCUAGCUCCAAGCCCAACCCUAACCCUAGCUCCAACACUAACCCUAACUCCAACCCUAACCCUAACCCUAAACCUAGCUCCAAGCCUAACCCUAACCCUAACCCAUGCAUUCCUAUGGGAAAAAAUCAAAUUUUUUUAGGAACGUCCUAGAGACUCGGGAGUUGGUUCAUUGCACUCAGAAAAAUCCUAGCUCCAAGCCCAACCCUAACCCUAGCUCCAACACUAACCCGAACUCCAACCCUAACCCUAACCCUUACCCUAGCUCCAACCCUAACCCUAACCCUAACCCAUGCAUUCCUAUGGGAAAAAAUCAAAUUUUUUUAGGAACGUCCUAGAGACUCAGGAGUUGGUUCAUUGCACUCAGAAAAAUCCUAGCUCCAAGCCCAACCCUAACCCUAGCUCCAACACUAACCCUAACUCCAACCCUAACCCUAACCCUAACCCUAACCCUAACCCUAGCUCCAACCUUAACACUAGAAGGACCGGCUUUUUGCUGUUCUACCUAUAAAGACCAGAGGGCAGCCAAAUGGCUUGGAGGGCUUUUAGCUAGUACUAAAUCACCUCUGAACACUCAGUUUGUUAUGCAAACGAGGCUAUCGCUGGUGCACCACAGGAGGGGAUAUGCUAAGUUAUUUCAAGGAAACUUGGGAGAGUUGGGACUUGUGGGGAGAGUGAGUGGGGAGGGGGGGGGGAGUUUCCAACCUGAGAACAACUGUAGACAGAAACUGCUUCAGCCAUAGCCACUGCACAGACAGUUUGGGCCUCUGUUUGUUUUGUUUGGUUCUACUUCUCCUGAUGUUCCUGCACCUCAGCAGAUGCCCCAGCGGUCGGUCCACGGACAAAAACUGUUGGUACUUUAUAUUAAUGACAUUGUAAAUGUAUCUAAAUUGUUAAAUUGCAUACUGUUUGCAUAUGACACUACAUUUUUUAUACUCUGGUGAAGCUGUUGAGAAUAUGAAUGUGAGAAUGACCAUAACGACUCAGGUGAAUGCAACCAGUCCCAUUCACAGGAUCACUAUUUGAUUGACAAUUUAUCACAUUUUCUGGUUUGCUGGUGAGCAAACCUGGGAAACCCCCAGAUCAUGGCAACCAUGCCCCGAAAUCGCUUCAAAGACAUCAUGCGACACCUACGCUUUGAUGACAGGGACACCCGCAGUGAGCGCACAAAGACUGACAAGUUUGCUGCAAUUUCUGCUGUGUGGUCAUCAUUUGUCACCAACUGCAUCACAUCCUACAACCCUGGUCGACACAUCACCAUUGACGAACAGCUUUUCCCCUCAAAGACUCGCUGCUGUUUCCUGCAGUACAUUGCAACGAAACCUGACAAGUUUGGGAUCAAGUUUUGGGUGGCUUGUGACUUGAAAUCCAAGUACAUCUGCAAUGUCCUCCCAUAUCUUGGCAAGGACCCCAGUCGUCCCAGUGGGGAGAGACUGUCCGAGAAUGUAGUCAUGAGGCUGAUGGAACCAUUCCUGGACAAGGGCAGAAAUGUUACCACGGACAAUUUCUUUACAUCACUGUCACUUGCGCAACAACUGCUUAGGCGGAAAACCACCAUCCUAGGCACAGUCAACAAGAUUCGCCAGGAAAUUCCACAGUCAUCUAGACAGAGGGACUGCAAUGAACUUUACAAUGCUACAAAGUGCAGCGUGGAUGUGAUGGACCAGAUGGUGCGGGAGUACACUUUCCGCACAGGAACAUGGCGCUGGCCAGUCGCUGUGUUCUAUAACAUGAUUGAUAUGGCAGCAUUGGAUGCACAUGUGCUGUAUCAAGCAUGCACUGGGAGGAAGGAGAGACGGGUGGACUUCCUGGUGGAGCUUGCAAGAGAGUUGGCUAACUCUCAUGUGACUGCGAAGAAGGCAUGAAAGGAAGAAUUGCUUCGGCAACAACCUUCCACACCUAGCCCUGGGAUAAGAGCCAUGUGCCAGGUUAAAAAUCAGUGUAAGAACAAUCAUGCCACUGUGCGAUGUGUUGACUGCUACAGAUACACAUGUGGGAAAUGCAGAAGGGAGAUACCAUGGCAGUGCCAGGAUUGUGAGUGAGAGUCUAACACUGUAUCCUGAUGAUGCAUAUUCACCUGAAGUCCAUCACCAACCUUU